GAGGGCGCAGGCAGCGAGCCGGGGAGCUAGCCGAGGCCCGCGCGCCCGCGCCUGCAGCGCCCUCCGCUUGGGAAGAGGGGCUGGUGGCGUUAGCCCAGGCGCCGGCAUCCUCGCCGUGGCAUCCCUAGUUGCCCCGGGCUCCUUCCUUGGGACCUGGCCGCUCUCUGCCUCGCUCUCUGCAUCCCACUUUUCCUGCCCAAUCCUGCCUGCUUCUGCCCCGACCCCCGAGAAUCGGAUUGAGCCCAGGCCCGUGCAGCAGCUGUUGCUCGUGUCGUUGCCUCUCCUCCUGUCUUGGUGCUCUGCUGGGAGCCCUCUAAGGAGCCAGUUCGCGCUGCGGGUUGGGAGGGAGGCGCUCAUCCGGCCGUCCUCCGCCUCCUGCUCCUGCUGCCGCCGCGGGUCCGUGCGCACCCCACACCCCCGCCAGCCGGGCCUCGGGGAUUACUCUGAAUGGAAGCAAAAAAAGGAAUAAAUUUGUGGAGGCAAUGAUAUUUGGAAAAGUAUUACCCUGUGAGGCACAUCUCCAGACUUCGAUUUGGCUGAAGUAACUUCCACCAUAGAGCUGUGGGCAUGCCUGGAAUUGAGAGACCCAGUUAAAAGACGUCCAGUUGCUUCUUGCCUUUUGAAAACUUCUGAAAACCGUCCCUUCGGGAUCCAGAAUUGUACCCAUCUCAACCAAGGCUUUGCUUGAAUGUUUACAUUUUCUGCUUGCUAUCCUACCUAUCACUAUAUAGUAUUCAUCUUGUGUUAAAAUUUAGGAGUGUCAAGGAUUGAGCUUGCUCAGCAAGCCAGCAUGGCUAGGAUGAGCUUUCUUUUAGCAGCUUGCCAGUUGGUACUGGGGUUGCUAAUGACUUCAUUAACUGGGUCUUCCCUACAAAAUAGUGAGUGUCCACAACUUUGUGUGUGUGAAAUUAGGCCCUGGUUCACCCCGCAGUCCACAUACAGAGAAGCCACUACUGUUGAUUGCAAUGACCUCCGCUUAACCAGGAUUCCCAGCAACCUUUCUAGCGAUACUCAAGUGCUUCUCUUACAGAGCAAUAACAUCGCAAAGACCGUGGAUGAGCUCCAGCAGCUUUUCAACUUGACAGAGCUAGACUUCUCCCAAAACAAUUUCACAAAUAUUAAGGAGGUUGGGCUGGCAAACCUGACCCAGCUCACUACUCUACAUUUGGAGGAAAAUCAGAUUACAGAAAUGACUGAUUACUGUUUGCAAGACCUCAGCAACCUUCAAGAGCUCUAUAUCAACCAUAACCAGAUUAGCACUAUUUCUGCUAAUGCUUUUUCAGGCUUAAAAAAUCUUUUAAGGCUCCACUUGAACUCCAAUAAAUUGAAAGUUAUUGAUAGCCGCUGGUUUGAUUCAACACCCAACCUGGAAAUUCUCAUGAUUGGGGAAAACCCCGUGAUUGGAAUUCUGGAUAUGAACUUUAAACCCCUCUCAAAUUUGAGAAGCCUGGUUUUGGCAGGAAUGUAUCUCACUGAUAUUCCUGGAAAUGCUUUGGUGGGCUUGGAUAGCCUGGAAAGCCUGUCUUUUUAUGAUAACAAACUGGUCAAGGUCCCUCAACUUGCCCUGCAAAAGGUUCCAAAUUUAAAAUUCUUAGACCUCAACAAAAAUCCUAUCCACAAAAUCCAAGAAGGGGACUUCAAAAAUAUGCUUCGGCUAAAAGAACUGGGAAUCAACAAUAUGGGGGAACUUGUUUCUGUGGAUCGCUAUGCCCUUGAUAACUUGCCUGAACUCACAAAGUUAGAAGCCACCAAUAACCCCAAAUUAUCUUAUAUCCACCGCUUGGCUUUUCGAAGCGUUCCUGCCCUAGAAAGCUUGAUGUUGAACAAUAAUGCCUUGAAUGCUGUUUACCAAAAAACAGUAGAAUCCCUUCCCAAUCUUCGUGAGAUCAGUAUCCACAGCAACCCCCUGAGGUGUGACUGUGUCAUCCACUGGAUUAACUCCAACAAAACAAACAUCCGCUUCAUGGAGCCUUUGUCUAUGUUCUGUGCCAUGCCACCUGAAUAUAGAGGGCAGCAGGUAAAGGAAGUUUUAAUCCAAGAUUCAAGUGAACAGUGCCUCCCAAUGAUAUCUCAUGACACAUUCCCAAAUCAUUUAAACAUGGAUAUUGGCACAAUGGUUUUCCUAGACUGUCGGGCCAUGGCUGAGCCAGAACCUGAAAUUUACUGGGUAACUCCUCUUGGAAAUAAAAUAACUGUGGAUACACUUUCAGAUAAAUACAGGCUAAGUAGCGAAGGUACGUUAGAAAUAUCUAAUAUACAAAUUGAAGACUCAGGAAGAUACACUUGUGUCGCCCAGAAUGUCGAAGGGGCUGACACGCGUGUAGUGACAAUUAAGGUUAAUGGAACCCUUCUGGAUGGUACCCAGGUGCUGAAAAUAUAUGUCAAGCAGACAGAAUCUCAUUCGAUUUUAGUGUCCUGGAAAGUCAAUUCCAGUGUCAUGACAUCAAACUUAAAAUGGUCAUCUGCCACUAUGAAGAUCGACAAUCCUCACAUAACCUAUACUGCCAGGGUUCCAGUAGAUGUUCAUGAAUACAACCUAACACACCUGCAGCCUUCCACAGAUUACGAAGUGUGUCUCACAGUGUCUAAUAUUCAUCAGCAGACUCAAAAGUCAUGUGUGAAUGUCACAACCAAAAAUGCCGCCUUUGCACUGGACAUUUCUGAUCAAGAAACAAGCACAGCCCUUGCUGCGGUAAUGGGGUCCAUGUUUGCCGUCAUUAGCCUUGCAUCCAUUGCUGUGUACAUUGCCAAAAGAUUUAAGAGAAAAAACUACCACCACUCAUUAAAAAAGUAUAUGCAAAAAACUUCUUCAAUCCCACUAAAUGAGCUGUACCCACCACUCAUUAACCUCUGGGAAGGUGACAGUGAGAAAGACAAAGAUGGUUCUGCAGACACCAAGCCAACCCAGGUUGACACAUCCAGAAGCUAUUACAUGUGGUAACUCAGUGGAUAUUUUGCUUCUGGUAGUAAGGAGCACAAAGACGUUUUUGCUUUAUUCUGCAAAAGUAACAAGUUGAAGACUUUUGUAUUUUUGACUUUGCUAGUUUGUGGCAGAGUGGAGAGGAUGGGUGGAUAUUUCAAAUUUUUUUAGUAUAGCGUAUCGCAAGGGUUUGACACGGCUGGCAGCAUCUCUAGGCUUCCAGUUUGUGUUUGGUUUUUAUUCUUAUCAUUAUUAUGAUUAUUAUUAUUAUUAUAUUAUUAUUAUUAUUAUUUUGUUUUAGUUGUUGUGCUAAACUCAAUAAUGCUGUUCUAACUACAAUGCUCAAUAAAAUGAUUAAUGACAGGUUGGGGUUCCCCUGUGCUUUUACCAAUAGCAUGACCCCUUCUGAAGCCAUCAGUAGAAAGUACAAAGUCCUCCAAAAAGCUAACAUACAGUUGUGAAGCAGCAUUGAACCGUUUGUAGCAAUCUGGUCUACAGACUUUUUAACUCAAGAAGCAAAGGCUAGACUUGUUACCCUCUUUGAAUGAUGUUAGUUGACUGUACUGUAAUGUUGUAUCAACUAAAUUGAAUGUUUGCCUUUGAACAAUGACUUUUCCUUUUUUGUAAUAGUUAAAGAGGUUUAGAACAAGCUAACAGGCAAUAGAAAUAUGUAUAUCAGAUUUUUUAAUGUAACAAUCUACAUGUUAAUUGUUACCUUAUUCUUUUUAUCUUUAGUAGACACUUUUAAAAGGAAAGACAAUUUUGUUGUGUUUAACUCACCAACAUGUGGUGUAUAAUGAAGACAGAACUAUAAUAAAUUAGUUUUGUUCUGAUUUUUUUAGAACACUUGCAAUAAUGUAUCAUUUAUAGUUCUUGCUAGUGGCAGUGGUGAUAUUUUUCACAUCCCUACAACAACCACCAAAAUAAAUCAACUACAGAGUGAUGCUUUUUAAAACUAGGUCCUAAAAGUUUUGAAUUCUUUUUCUAAGAGAAGAAAUAUCUAUUUUAGUGAAGAUAUUUUAAUGAAAAGAAUUUUUAUAUCUUAAAUGUUACUGAUCAGACCUAAUAGAGGGAAGCAUUCUUAUGAACAAAAAGGCAUAUUACUGUAUCCAAUAUAUAACUAAACCUGAUUUGAAAGAAGAUAGAUCAAGGUUUUGUUAAAAUCUGAAUUUUUAGUAGUAUCCACUCUCCAUCAAAGUCUAAAACAUGCAACUAUGCAGUACUCCCAAAUGUAUUGCAUGUUGCUCCCUUUUUCAUGGCUGUCUAUAGGCUUAGACACAUAUUAACCCAUACAUCCAUGUGAAAAAAAUCUGCUGAGACAAGUAAAUAUUACUAAAAACAGAACAAUUUCUGUACAUUUGGCAUUUUUCAGUCAACAAACAUAUAGAGACAGUUUGGUAGAAUUAAGUGUUUACUGGAAAAUAUAUGUGUGAGAUUUAGGACAGAAAAAAGGCUAGAUUUGGGUAGAAGGUCAGUUCCACACAGUGUGUGUGUUGGAGAGGGGUAGAAACAGAAGGUAUAGUGAGAGAAAGGAACCAUUUGAAAAUGCAGAUUAAUAACACAGAGGAAGAAAGAGAAGCUUCUCCAGAUGGCACCUGCUGCAGGGACAUGCCGUCACACCAGGAAUAAGACUGUAAAAAGGGACCAAGACCCAGCAGGUGCCAGCUGAGCAUGACCAAGAAGAAGGGAGCAGAAAGAACAUGCAAGUGAGGUCAGCUGAAAGGAUUUCUUUCUGUACAGUUCCUUGUUUCAUGAAUCAUUUAGAAAAAAAGAUCAUUUUUUCCCCAUUUCUGAGGGGUGGGGGCAGUUCUUUUCAUAAGCUGAAGCAAGUGAGCUAUAGCAGAAAAACGAGUGUCUGAGAUAGUAGCAUCUCUUCCCACAGCCUUCACUUCUUGGUGAAGAAAAUCUCUGCCCAGAGAAGGGAAGAAUUGUAACUUGCCCUGGUCAGACUCUCCUGCCCAUUGAGAACUCUACCACUCUGGGUCCAGCAGCUUUCCAGAUUCCUGUGCAGAGCUCAUUGCUUACAGUUUUCAACAACCUCUGGUGCCUUGGCUUCAAAAAUUCAGCACAAGGGCAGAACCAGGCGGUCAGGAAAGAUUCUACAUUGUUAUUACCAAGUACACAUAGGAAACAGAGAAGUGAAGUUGCUUUGGAUGCAACCUUGGGAGAGUUUCCUUUUGGGGAAAUACUCCAAAAUAUUGUUUUCAAGUAUCUAUAGCGAGUAGUACAUACACCAUCUAACAAAUUCUCUGGGAAAUUCUGCAACAAUGAAGGGAGAGGCACUGAAGCAUUAGGCCUAGAGCAGGGAGGAAAAGGAGGCAUAAUUUAUCCUAUAAAGCAAUGAUUUGAACCUGGCACAUAAUCAGCAUUCAGAUAUUAGUAGAAUAAGUGAAGGAAGACAACCAUUUCUCUAUUCUGGAAAUAUAGUAAGCACCAGGGAAUGUAAGCUGUUUCGGACAACUACCUUUUGCUAGGACAGUUUGGGGGAAAUAAUCCCUUUUAACUUUUCCUCCUCCAAUAAAACAUUUUUGAGCUUA